GGCUGCAGUGUGCAGUGGAGUCGGUGAGGGGCGGACGGAGCGGGUGUGGUAGGCAGCAGCGUUUUCCCUUCUCAACAAAUAACCUCCUUUACAUCGUCGUCCACUUCUCCUUCAGUGCAGGAUCGUCUGGUUUCCCCCCCUCGUGCCUUACGUUAACCGAGACGCUUCUUUUUUCCCCCCAGCAUUAUCUUUUUUUACACGACAGGCUCCGCCGAGACAAAAACCGCCCUACUGCAGCAUUUUGGUUUUGAUUUUUCGUCAAGACAAUCAGUGAUGAAAUCCUAUCUAUGGAUGCGCAUUUUCAGUCCUUUGACCAUGUAGAGGAGGGAGCGUGUCCGAGAUGAUCUGUGCGACCUCGCUAAUGGUGCUUAACUAAGCUGAUCAACAGAUAUGCAGGCAUUUCGGUGAAAGCAAGAGCUCACUGCCCUAGUUGGUCCCUAACUAAAGAAGCAGUCGCUGCAGGAUGAAAACAUGGCUGCAGCCCUUCUUGCACCGCCAGGACCUGACAGCUUCAGAUAUUUUAGCCCGGAGUCUCUGGCUAACAUUGAGAGGCGUAUCGCUGAGGAGAAAGCCAAGCCUCCACCCAAGCCAGACAGCAGUUAUCGCGAUGAUGAUGACAAGGACAAGCCUAAACCCAACAGUGACCUGGAAGCGGGCAAAAACCUGCCCUUCAUCUACGGCGACAUUCCUUCUGGAAUGGUGGCGACACCAUUGGAGGACAUCGAUCCAUUCUACAUGAAUCAGAAAACAUUUAUAGUGGUAAACAAAGGGAAAACAAUGUUCCGCUUUAGUGCCACGCCUUCCUUGUACAUUAUAAGCCCUUUUAAUAUUUUUAGGCGAAUAGCUAUUAAAAUUUUAAUACAUUCAUUAUUCAGCAUGAUCAUCAUGUGUACAAUUUUGACCAACUGUGUGUUCAUGACGUUUAGUAAUCCUCCAGAAUGGUCCAAACAAGUAGAGUACACAUUCACAGGAAUUUAUACGUUCGAAUCACUCGUCAAAAUCAUCGCCCGCGGCUUCUGUAUAGACGACUUCACAUUCCUGAGAGAUCCAUGGAACUGGCUGGAUUUCAUGGUCAUCUCAAUGGCAUAUAUAACAGAGUUUGUGGACCUGGGGAAUGUAUCUGCGCUGAGAACGUUCAGAGUUCUCCGAGCAUUGAAAACUAUCUCUGUCAUUCCAGGUCUAAAAACCAUCGUUGGCGCCUUGAUCCAGUCAGUGAAGAAGCUCUCGGAUGUGAUGAUCCUCACUGUCUUCUGUCUCAGCGUCUUCGCCCUCAUCGGCCUGCAGCUCUUCAUGGGGAACCUGCGGCACAAGUGUGUCAUCUGGCCCAUCAACAUCACCGAGUUAUACCAGGCCAACGGCACCGAAAGCUUCAACUGGGACGAGUACAUCAUGAAUGAGAAAAAUUUCUACAAACUUCCUGGCAGUCUGGAUGCUCUGUUAUGUGGAAACGGCUCUGAUGCUGGACGUUGUCCUGAAGGCUACACAUGUAUGAAGGCUGGACGCAAUCCAAACUACGGCUACACCAGCUUUGACAGCUUUGGCUGGGCGUUUCUUGCUCUUUUCCGCCUCAUGACACAGGACUUUUGGGAGAACUUGUACAUGCUGACUCUCCGAGCAGCAGGGAAGACCUACAUGAUCUUUUUUGUGCUGGUGAUCUUCGUGGGAUCGUUCUAUCUUGUCAAUCUGAUCCUGGCUGUGGUAGCCAUGGCCUAUGAAGAGCAGAACCAGGCCACCAUGGAGGAAGCGGCACGGAAAGAGGAGGAAUUCAAAGCCAUGCUGGAGCAGCUUAAGAAACAGCAAGAGGAAGCCCAGGCAAAUGCCAUGGCCACAUCAGCAGGUACAGUGUCGGAGGACGCAGCGGAGGAUGAUGGAGUGGAAAACCUGUCGUGUAGUUCUUCCGAGAUGUCCAAACUCAGUUCCAAGAGUGCCAAGGAACGCAGAAACCGCAAGAAGAAGUGGAAGCAGAAGGAGCAGGACAGGGAAAAAGGGGACAGUGAGAAGUUUGUUAAAUCUGAAUCAGAUGAUGGCAGCAAGAAGAGGUUCCGUUUCCCUGAUAACCGCUUAGGCCGAAGGUCCUCCAUCAUGAACCAGUCUCUCCUUAGCAUCCCUGGCUCACCCUUCUUAUCACGCCACAACAGCAAGAGCAGCAUCUUCAGCUUCAAAGGCCGCUGCCGGGACGCAGGCUCUGAGAACGAGUUUGCGGAUGACGAGCACAGCACGGUGGAGGAGUGCGAUCAGAGACGCAGCUCGCUGUUUAGCCCAUACCGCCGCAGCAGCUACAGCGGCUACCACGGCAAACACAACAGCACGGUGGACUGCAACGGGGUCGUGUCUCUAAUCGGGCCUGGUCCAGGAGGACGCCUACUGCCUGAGGUGAUAAUAGAUAAGGCAGCUUCUGACGACAGCCCAACCACUGACAUUGAGAUCAAGAAGAAACUCUCAGGCUCUUUAAUGGUUUCUAUGGACCAACUCAAUGCAUCUUUUGGGCACAAAGAGCGAGCGAACAGCGUCAUGAGUGUCACCAAUACAUUAGUAGAGGAACUGGAGGAAUCACAGAGAAAGUGUCCACCAUGCUGGUACAAGUUUGCCAACACCUUCCUAAUCUGGGAAUGCUGCCCCAUGUGGAUCAAGAUCAAGGAGAUUGUUAACCUGAUCGUGAUGGACCCCUUUGUAGACCUGGCUAUCACUAUAUGCAUCGUCCUCAACACUCUGUUCAUGGCCAUGGAGCACUACCCGAUGACGGAACAAUUCGAGCACGUGCUUUCUGUGGGCAACCUGGUAUUCACUGGAAUCUUCACUGCCGAAAUGGUGGCCAAACUGGUUGCAAUGGAUCCAUACUACUACUUCCAGGAAGGCUGGAACAUCUUUGACGGGUUUAUCGUGAGCCUGAGCUUGAUGGAGCUUGGACUGGCUAAUGUGGAGGGCCUGUCUGUGCUCAGAUCAUUCCGAUUGCUGCGAGUGUUUAAACUGGCUAAGUCAUGGCCCACUUUGAACAUGCUGAUAAAGAUCAUUGGGAACUCAGUGGGCGCUCUGGGGAACCUGACUCUGGUCCUGGCCAUCAUUGUGUUCAUCUUUGCCGUGGUGGGCAUGCAGCUGUUUGGGAAGAACUACCGGGACUGCGUGUGUAAGAUCGCUCAAACCUGUGAGCUGCCUCGUUGGCACAUGAAUGACUUCUUCCACUCGUUCCUGAUCGUGUUCCGUGUGCUGUGUGGAGAAUGGAUCGAGACGAUGUGGGACUGCAUGGAGGUGGCGGGUCAGGCCAUGUGUCUCAUCGUGUUCAUGAUGGUCAUGGUCAUUGGAAACUUAGUGGUGCUGAAUCUGUUCCUUGCCUUGUUGCUGAGCUCGUUCAGCGCAGACAACCUGGCAGCCCCAGACGAUGACGGAGAGAUGAACAACCUGCAGAUCUCCGUUAACCGUAUCAAGAAAGGUAUAGCCUGGGUAAAGGCCAAAAUUCGCCAGUUAGUGCGUGUUAUCCUACGUAGGAAGGUGGUGGACGAGGCCAAGCCUCUGGACGAGCUCUAUGACAAGAAACUGAACUGCAUCACUAACCACACGGACCUCAACCGCGAGUUAGACUACCAGAAAGAUGCCAACGGCACCACCAGCGGCAUCGGCAGCAGUGUGGGCAAGUACAUGAUCGACGAGGACCACAUGUCCUUCAUCCACAACCCCAAUCUGACCGUGUGUGUGCCCAUCGCGGCAGGAGAGUCUGACUUUGAAAAUCUGAACACAGAGGACUUCAGCAGCGAGUCAGAGGCUGAGGGCAGCAAAGAUGGACUGGAUGACAGCAGCUCGUCAGAGGGCAGCACCAUAGACAUUAAGCCAGAGGUGGAGGAGGCCGUGGUGGUGGAGGCGUUGGAGGAGUAUGUCGACCCAGAGCCAUGCUGGACUGAAGCUUGUGUCGCACGCUACAAGUGCUGUGACGUGUCCAUCACCGAGGGCUGGGGAAAGAGCUGGUGGUAUCUCCGCAAGACCUGCUAUCUCAUUGUGGAGCACAACUGGUUUGAAACGCUCAUCAUCUUCAUGAUUCUGCUGAGUAGUGGAGCCUUGGCUUUCGAAGACGUGUACAUCGAGCAGAGAAAGACUAUCCGGAUCAUCUUGGAGUACGCCGACAAGGUGUUCACCUACAUCUUCAUCCUGGAGAUGCUGCUGAAAUGGGUGGCCUAUGGUUUCGUAAAGUAUUUCACUAACGCCUGGUGCUGGCUGGACUUCUUCAUUGUGGAUGUGUCUAUAGUCAGCCUUAUAGCUAAUACGCUGGGCUACUCCGAUCUAGGGCCCAUUAAAUCACUCAGGACACUCAGGGCCCUGAGACCACUCAGAGCAUUGUCCCGUUUUGAAGGGAUGAGGGUUGUAGUCAACGCCUUGGUGGGUGCCAUCCCUUCCAUUAUGAAUGUGUUGCUGGUUUGCCUCAUCUUUUGGCUGAUUUUCAGUAUCAUGGGCGUCAACCUGUUUGCGGGGAAGUAUUACUACUGCUUCAAUGAAACUUCUGAGGAAUACUUCAAACCACACGUGGUGAACAACAAGACGCAGUGCUUUGAACUCAUCAAUUCGAACUUCAGCGAAGUGCGCUGGAAGAACGUCAAGAUCAAUUUCGACAACGUUGGUGCUGGCUAUCUGGCUCUGCUCCAAGUGGCUACUUUCAAAGGCUGGAUGGACAUUAUGUAUGCAGCUGUCGAUUCCCGAAAGCUGGAAAACCAGCCCUUGUAUGAGGACAACAUCUACAUGUACCUUUACUUUGUCAUCUUUAUUAUUUUUGGCUCGUUUUUCACUCUCAACCUGUUUAUUGGUGUCAUCAUCGACAAUUUCAACCAGCAAAAGAAAAAGUUUGGAGGUCAGGAUAUUUUCAUGACAGAAGAACAGAAGAAAUACUACAACGCAAUGAAGAAACUUGGUUCAAAGAAACCACAAAAACCCAUACCUAGACCUCAGAACAAGAUCCAGGGUAUGGUGUUCGACUUUGUGACGCAGCAGGUGUUUGACAUCUCCAUCAUGAUCCUCAUCUGUCUGAACAUGGUAACCAUGAUGGUGGAAACAGACGAUCAGUCGCAGGAGACAGAAAACAUACUUUACUGGGUGAACUUCAUCUUCAUUGUGGUCUUCACCUCUGAAUUCGUCCUCAAGCUCUUUGCCCUGCGCCAUUACUAUUUCACCAAUGGUUGGAAUAUCUUUGACUGUGUUGUAGUCAUUCUUUCUAUAGUUGGUAUGUUCCUGGCAGACUUGAUUGAGAAGUACUUUGUGUCACCAACACUGUUCAGGGUUAUUCGUCUGGCUCGAAUCGGUCGUAUCCUGCGUCUGAUCAAAGGCGCCAAAGGCAUCCGGACUUUACUGUUCGCCUUGAUGAUGUCACUGCCAGCUCUGUUCAACAUCGGCUUGCUGCUCUUCCUGGUGAUGUUCAUCUUCUCCAUCUUCGGCAUGUCUAACUUUGCCUAUGUCAAACGGGAAUCUGGAAUCGACGACAUGUACAAUUUUGAGACGUUUGGAAACAGCAUGAUCAUUUUGUUUAUGAUCACCACCUCAGCAGGUUGGGACGGCCUACUGGCUCCCAUCCUCAACUACCCUCCAGACUGUGAUCCUAAUAAGGAGAACCCUGGUACCAGUGUAAAGGGCAACUGUGGCAAUCCUUCCGUGGGCAUUUUCUUCUUUGUCAUGUACAUCAUUGUGUCUUUCCUCAUCGUGGUAAAUAUGUACAUCGCCAUUAUCCUGGAAAACUUUAGCGUGGCGACAGAAGAGAGCGCUGAUCCAUUGUGCGAAGAUGACUUUGAGUCCUUCUAUGAGAUCUGGGAGAAGUUUGAUCCUACAGCUUCGCAGUUUAUCACGUUUGCAAAGCUCGGUGACUUUGCUGACACUCUCGAACACCCCCUACGGGUGCCCAAGCCCAACACGAUAGAACUCAUUGCCAUGGACCUGCCCAUGGUGAGUGGAGACCGAAUUCACUGCCUGGACAUCCUGUUUGCCUUUACCAAGCGUGUUCUGGGUGACAGUGGUGACCUGGACAUGAUGCGGCAACAGAUGGAGGAGCGCUUCAUCGCCGCCAAUCCCUCCAAGGUAUCUUUCGAGCCCAUCACCACAACGUUGCGGCGCAAGCAGGAGCACAUGUCUGCCUCGGUCAUCCAACGUGCUUACCGUGCCCACCUCGUACGCAGGGGCUUCAUUUGCAAGCGGCUUCUAAGCAGCGGCAAGCUGGAAAAUGGAGGCACCAACCAGGAGAAGAAGGAGGACACGCCCUCCACUGCCUCACUGCCCUCCUACGACAGUGUAACCAAACCCGAGAAAGAAAAACUGGAUGAAAGCGAAAGCAAAGGCAGGAACGACAAAAACCAAAAAGACGUCAAGGAAUCAAAGUGUUAGAACUAUGCCAGUGGUUAAAGCCAAAACAAGACACAAUUGUGAUGAGACUCUAUCAACAAAUGUAAAGGAAAAUUCAUUUUCAAUGAAACCCAGAAAAGCGGAAAAAAAAGUUGUUUACAGACAAUACAGAUGCGCCAGUACAGAGAAAGCAGCUUGGUUUCUUACCACUUUGAUUACGACCAAAUCAAACCCUAAUGAGCUUACUGCGUGGCAUCUGUACUCAGCGACCAAGAUUUUACAGCUCGACAAAGCAACUAAAAACACGAUGAAAGGCCCAUGGCAGUUAUCUACGUUAGGGACCACCACCAACAGAAUAUACACCACACACACACCCUGUGUGGAGUUUAGCAUUCCUCUGCUACAGAUUUGCCCCUUAUAAACACUGCCGAAAUCCAGCGGGAAACCCCCAACCCACCCCCCACCCCCAACUCGGUACAGGAACGUUUCUGGAACAUUGUCCUUUGACCAGAAAGGAACAGAUUGCGGUAGAGUGGACUGAAAAUGAGAGGGGAAAUUGAGGAAAAUGACAAACCAUACAAUUAUGCAAGGGUUAUGUGAGAUGAAUAUAUGUGCAUCUUAUUUGAGAAACAAAAAUGAAGGUAAAAAGAAACAUUUGGCCCAUGUCGCUAGUCUUUUCAUCAUCUCUUUGUUAUACUUGCAUUAAAAAAAAAAAAAAAACAAAAAGAAAAGAAAAGAAAAGAAAAAAGAUAAAAAGAAGACAUUUUAUACAUAGACUUCCACACUGCAAAUUGGGUUGGGCUCAUUAAUCAGGGUUUUGACUUGGGCUGUAAGGGACUUGCUCAGACUGAGUUCCAGAUAAAUAAGUAACUAAUUGUGCUCGUUCAGUGCAUAGAAAUGACUUGCAUGGUGGCAUGUUUUGAUCAGAAAUCAUGCAUGAAUAAUCAUAGUCCACUUGACACUUCUACUCUGACCACAGAUGUGGCUUGACCAUACGUUCGAGGCUGUCCACAGGCAAAUAUUUCAGUAGAAAUGACUGGAAAGGGAAAAUUGGUAAUACUCAAAAAUCGUUCUUAAUUGUUGUGGUUGUACUUAAACCCUCCAUAAAACACUGCUUUGUAACUAACCAACUUUCAGAUCAUGCCAAAUCCAUAUAGAUAGAGUCAGUGGAUUAUCAAAAACAGUUUUGUUUUUUAAAAAAUAUUCUAUAUACAUUGUGGUACACUUGAAACAUUUGUAGGUUCACUUACAGACUUUCACCAUCCCAGACUUUUUGUUGGGGUUCUAUCUAAAUCAAAGUCUUGGGCAAAUCAGUCUUGGUUUAUUUUCAUUUUGCACCAGCAAUAUGAUUUGGCCCUUAAUUUCCAGUCUUGUACCAUGCAAUCAAGGGUCUAUGAAGGUUGCAGCAAGCCACCAUGCCAUCUGUAAUCUCUUACAAUACUUUGUCAGUCGGGACCAGACCUCUUUUAGAGGUGACCUCUUUUAACAUGCGUGUUUCUUUGUUUUUUCUCUUUAAAGUGUCGUCUCAGUCUGUUUGUUUUAAAGGUAAUGCAUAAUCCAGAUGACCAUAUCAGGGCUUGUGUGUUUUGUUAGACGUGUGUUUUGUCUCGGAGACAUUAGGGAGAGCAGUAGGGUAGCUAUUAUGAAUGCAUCUACUAGGUGGCUUUCUGACUGUUGAAUAAUAGAGUAAAUAUUGACAAUACGAAGCGUGUAGUAUGGGGGCAUAUGCGGAGUGGGUGUGGAAUGGAAGCUCUCUCUGAGAACGAAGUGAGACAAGGAACAAUCCAGGUUAUGGUAAAGGAUGCUUGUGUCAGUGAAUAUUAUGCAAUUCUGGAAAGUUCAUCUGUUUUUUAAAUACUAUUUGUCUGUAUGUCUAUACUGCACCGUGAAAACUACGUCUGCAACCUCUCGAGCAAACUGCCAACCACUUUUGCUCUGAAUGUGAAGCGUUUUUAAAGCUUGGAAAAAAAAAAAAAGAACAAAAUGUCAUUCCUCCAAAUGUCUUUUAAUUAUUCUUUGUUUUUACUCAUCAUGCCAUGGGCUAUUUGAAUGUCUUACCAUAAGCAUUACAGGGAAGCAGAGAAGACCUUUUACGAAUAAGAAAAACAACCAAGAUCAGUCGUCAGUCUUUUCUCACAAAGGAAAAGGUGAAGUGACGAUUUUCUUUUUAAUAUUGUUCCAACUCGCUCUUACCUGCCAAGCUCUUCUCUGCCCUCAUUACCCCAUACACGUAGAAGGUGAAAAGGUGACGACGGCCCCGAGUCACCGAAGGCACUAGAAUCCACACCAUCAGAGCCUGAGUGUGUGUGUAUUUAGUGUUUACAGCCCAGCUCCCUCUCCCUAUCAGACCUGUUUGUUGGUCUGUCGACUGCCUGAGAUCUCCUGAGUGGGAACUGUGGACUCCAAUCCGAAUCGGUGCCCAGUGAUGAGCAUAGACGACCAUGCGGUUUCUCCUGACGCACCCAUUUCUCCUCGAACGCGAUUGUACCGUGUCGUAAAAUCACACGCUGUAUGACGUGUUAAUGUAUGGUUCAGUGGGAACUGUGAUGAUGUCCAUGGCACAAUUGCUGAAAAGUAAAGACUACACACUUAACACUUGAGAGAGACGACAAGUAUUGUAAUAUAUGCUUUUCUUUUAACUGGCAUGCUUUGUUGUGGUUUUUGUAAAUACAGAAUUUUACAGAUUAAACGACUACUAUUAAUCGGUUAAUGAAUUAUAACAAUAACAAUAAUACAUGAAUGACUUCCAGCUAAUGCCCUUGUCAAAUUGAUUAUUAUUUUUAUUUCCAUUCUUUAAAAUUUAUUUAUUUAAUUUAAUGGAUCACUUUAAAAAUUGUUGGGGGAAUAACUGAACUGAAUGAUCUAUUGUACCAAGGAUACUAUAUUAGAAGAACUAUAUAAAUAUAUAUGAAUAUACGUAAUAUAUGUAUAUGUAUGAGAGCAUAUAUAAAAGAGCACUGUCAGAUUUUUGUUUAUAUAUGCAACAUGUCCAGUGGAUGUCAAUAUAUUUUUUCUUUUUGUGUUUGGGGAAACAAACUCACACAGUUUUUAUUGGAGCUGCUUGGAACUUAAUACUGUAUGACGAUUACGAUUACACUACCAGCACAGCUUUGUGAAUCCCUGUCUAACGGCCACACACAGUGCGCGUACGCUCCGCUCCGUCCGACCCUCAGCCGACGUUUCACGGAAGAACUCGACGGUCACCGAGAUGCUGAUGUCCCCUGUUUCUUUUCCUCCCGGAUCCAGGAACACUGGCUGUAAUAUCUUGCAAAUCAUAUUCGUUUGUUUCUUCUUCAGUUCCUGUGAUUUGUUUCUAGUGCUACUUCACAAAUUCUGUGUGCCUUUUUUCAUGUUUCUGCAAUUUCUGAAAUGCAUUUUUUUUCCAGAGGAUGGUGCCAUACCAAAUGACCCGCGGAGGGGGAAAGAGAUGGGGAAUGAAAAUGGAGCACAAUGCAAAUCAGGGACUUUAGUGUGUACAAGGUGUCUGACAUACUGCCAGAGGAAUGCCUACACAAAACAAAGGGGAAGACAACCCACUAGAUUUGAUGUUACAAUGAUAUUUCUUGUGCUUUGUGUAUCAUCCACUUGGCUUGUGAGGAAAAAAGAAAAAUUUGCUUGCCUUCUGAUUUUCUUUUCUCCCACACCCCCAACCCCACCACCAUCAUCUGAACACACUUUUGUAUCAGUAUUCGGUUACUGGACAAUUUCAUUUUCGAGCAUGGUAGAGAUGCUUUUCCAUUUUGCUGAAAAAUAAGUGCUUUUCAAACUGUUGUUAUUGUUUGACACAGUGUUGUAGGAGGACAUGUUAUGGUGUGUGUGGCACAACCACUUGGACUCUUAGUACGAACAUAUAAAAAUUGUCUUCAUUUGAGCACGAACCUUUUUAUUAACAAUAAAGCAGCCUUCCAGUUAUAAAA